UACCUUGAAUCUCGAGUCCAUUGUUUUAGAAAAUCGAUUUCAAAAUGAGAAUUUUAUAGGUCUUAGUUUUGUAUUAAGGUUUAUUAAUAAGUCCUCUCUUCUAAUACAACACGUUUUUUAAAAGUGUUUUUUUAGUUUCGAUGGUGGCUGGCGAAACUGGAUUAUUAUAAUGAAACAUGUCUUACAAUGGCUCCGUAUACAUCGGAACAAAACGAAAGUGUCUUGUAGUUGACCGUGUGUAAACCUUAGAAUAAUUUAGUAUAUUUAAAGCAUUUGCAAUGGCGCAAACAGUAAGACGUCCCAUCGAAGCAAGGUAUCCAUCCUGCUAUAUACCAAGCAGAAUAAAAGAAAGAAGAGCAAAAGCAAGGGCGCUCAGAUUGGAACAACAACGAAAACCUGAAAAGCCUGAAGAUUUUGUUUGCUACUCAGAUAGUGAUAGUGAAGAGGAAACCCCUACUGAGCAACAUAAAACACUUUGCACAUCAUAUAAUUUUGUUGACUAUGUGCGUUCUAGAGAAAUACAAGCUCCAGAGCCUCGAAUGGUGGAUCAGUCAUAUGCUACACGCCACAUGCUCACGCACGACAUGUUGCGUGAGACACCAGUCAACCUUGGCACAGUCAACAAAGUAUUCUGCUCACAGUGGCUCUCCGAUAGACAGAUUGUAUUUGGGACUAAGUGCAAUAAAUUGCUUGUGUACGAUGUACGGUCUCGUUCACUUGACGCCAUUCCAACGCUCCGUCCUCGCACGCCUUGGCCCGGAGCUGAAUAUCAAACUGGGAUACACGCGUUACAAAUAAACCCGUCUAGAACACUGUUAGCUACUGGUGCGCGUAACUCAUGUGAACUAGCGAUCUAUCGUUUACCCACUUUGGAUCCUGUGUGUGUUGGAGAAGCUCAUAAAGACUGGAUCCUUGACAUGUGUUGGUUAGAUGAUGAGUUCUUAGUAACAGGGUCUCGGGAUUCCAAACUUGCAUUGUGGCGGGCACCUGAUACACCAAUUACUCAAGCUACCCCUCAACAUAAUUAUAUAGCACCGCUUGUUACUAGGGAAUGUAAGGCUGGUCAGAAGGUCCGAGCGCUAACCUUCAACCGCCGUUGGCGCGAGAUCGCAGCGCUGACCCUCAACGGGUACAUCCAUGUGUUCAAUGCAGCCACCUUCAGACAAACCCUUUCAAGAAAGUUACCCUCUUGUCAGGACCUCGUUUGUCUUGCCACACAAGAAAGCGGUAUAUAUGCGAUCGGUUGUAAGUCGUACACGUUACUUCUGGAUUGCCGGACUCUACAGUCUGUUAAGAAGAUAACGUCUCGUUACAACGGUUGUGGGAUACGAUCAGCGACAUUCCGUGGAGACCUACUCACUAUUGGUACUGGACUCGGUCUGCUCAUGUUCUACGACCUUAGAGCCGGCAAAUACCUCGAGAGCAAUAUACAUUCUACUAAAACAGUGGCACUAAGGGCUUCCAGAGGCUAUGUGUUCCCGGACGAAGGAGUGGACGGAUACCAACAAGUUAAAUAUGUACCGGCCAUUUACACACAUUGCUAUGACGAUAGUGGUACGAGAAUAUUCACAGCCGGUGGGCCUUUACCUGCCCCUCUUAUAGGGAAUUACGCUGGCAUAUGGCAAUAAAAUAAUAGCAUAAAAAAUGUUGUUGAAUGGGUCUGAUAGUCUGACGUACUAGGCCAAAAUACUAUGUGGCAGGCGGGACUAUCAAAUUAUAUGAACGCUUGGUUCACGGGAAGCAAAAUAUUUUUGGUGGUGGUACAAAUUGCGUGUACCUUUAUUAAAAUUACAUACUCAGCUGGCACAGCAAUGUAAAGUGAAAUUGCAACGAAUAGACACAAAUUUAAUACAUUAUAAGUAAUUAUUCUAAAGAUUACAUAAUUUUUAAAACUUCCUCCCAUGUUGUGUUACAUAACCAAUUUAGACCGCAUCAAAAAUAAUUUGACCAAUAUAUGAGUUACAAUACAUAUAAUUAUUAAAUAUCUGCCUAAAAACAGGAUUUUUCAAAAUUUUCUUCUUGCAAUUACUUACAAUAUAUAAAAUUUGGAGAAUACUUAAUGGAAAUACCCUAAAGUUAAAAUUAUUAAUUACUAAAUGAAGAUAGAGAUUUUAUUAUAUUAAUCAAGUGUUGCAUAGAACCUCUCCAACAAUCAAAUGAGACUCAGUUGUGCAAUAAAAACCUUAUUGAACUUGUGGUAAACAAGUUCAAUCUGUUUUAAAUUAUGCAACUAAAAGGCCAUAUUACCUCAACUUGAUGUUGUAGACUUAGAGAGCUGAAAGUCCAAAAUGUUCUAAUGCAUAUCAACAUAGCCCUUGCAGUAUUUUCUUUAGCUUAUUAACCAUUAAAAACUUUAAUAAGGAUCUUUAAAAAAUACUGCACUGUGUUAAUGCUACUACAGGACAUUUAAUAAUUACACAUUUAGAAAUUAAUGGAAAGUAUGUGAUUUGAAGCAAAAGAUAUAUGUCAAGAGUUUUUAUAAAUCUCUAGCAUAAGGUAUGGAUUUGAGAAGGAUUCUUUUAAGAAGUUAAUAUGUAUCCCUUUACUUCAAAAUUUAAAAAAAAAGUUUGACAUCCAUAGACUGCUAAAACAUGGUUAUCUCUGGAUCAACACAUGUAAGAAAAACAUUCUAUUUCUAGGAGAUUGCCAAAUGUUUUUGUUACUUUAUCUGUGUACAAAAAAAUUUACGCAUUUAAUUUUUAACUAUGCAAUAAUUUAUAGAAUGGAAUAUUGAAUGUGUUGGUGUGUUUUUACAAAUAAUAUUUCUUAAAAAAAUGAUAAGAUUUAAAUAAGA